AUGGCUAGCAAAUAUGCAAACUGUCAAUUUUGUGAAGGAUCCGAGGAUGUGAAUUGGCAUUGCCAGUCAUGUGAUCUGAAUCUUUGUGAUCUAUGCAAUACAAAAAUUCAUACAAAGAGUGAAAAAUUAUCUGAACACAAGGUCGAACUUCUAAAAGAUGGAGAAAGUAUUAAGGAAUUGGAAAAUCUACGAAAAGUGAACUUGAAGGAGAUUGCUUGUUCGAAACAUAUGGAUCAGAAAUGUGUAACAUACUGCCUUAAUUGCGACAAAUCCCUAUGUGCCUCUUGUUUAAUCCGACCAUUUCAGUAUGAGAAACUAAACAAAGUAUACGAAGAAAAAUAUCUUCUACUCAAAGAUUUGAAAAGUAAAAUUGACGAUUGUUACCCAUUCUUUGAGGAGAAAGCGGCUGAUUUCAGGAAAAGGGAUGAUGAUGAGGUCGAAAAGCACAACGAAAUAAAUGAGAAAAUUUUUAAAAGGAAAAAUGAAGUAAAAGAUGCAGUAACAAAGGAAGCUUUAGCCUUAGUAGAAGUUAUGAAAGGUAUAUGGGAUGCGGACAAUAAUCCACUAAAAACAGAACGUGAACGACUUUGUCAAGUAGAACAAGAUUUAAAGGCCCGAAAAAAUGUACUUCACGAAGCGACACAAACUCAAGAGCCAGCUUUAGUUUUUUCAACUGCAGAAAACAUCAGUAGAGAUAUACCAGAGGAAUCAGUUUUGGAAGUAACACCUCCAGAACUGUAUUAUAUUGAGCCAAUAGAUGUUAAUAUGGAAAAGAUAUUGGGAUCAAUUAUCAAUAAACCUAAAGCCGUUUUGAUUAAGACGUUUGAGGUUAAUUUUCCCGAGAUAAAUGGAUUAGUGUCUCUAAAUGAUGACAUAUGCGUUAUGUAUAAUGAACGUUCUCGCAAAUUUAAGUAUUUCACCAUAUCUGAUUUAAAGUUUGUAACUACUAAAAAUGACAUAGUUGAUCAAAGCAGAAAGGACAGACAUGGAUAUGUGAAGAUUUUGGAUAUAACAAACUAUAACGAAGAAGUUUUAUUAUGCGAUGACACAUUUCAAAUGAGACGCCUUAAAAAUAAUGGCACAUUUGAGAAUAUAUCACUGUCGUUUACAUACGAUAAACUGACAUUUUAUUGUAUUCACGCUGUAAAUGAUAAUGACAUUAUAGUCGGUUUUACCAAUAACGAGAGGAAUUCUACUGGAAUUCUUGAAAUAACCGAUACCAAUUAUGCAAGCAAGAUAAGACGCGUUGAAUGCGAUAGAGGAAGCGACAAAAAUAUAUUCACUUUACCAAAAAAGAUAACUACAGACAACAAUGGAGAUAUUUUUGUGAUAGAUCAGUUAGGCUUUUCUAAAAGAGUAGUAUCGAUUGGAAAAUGGGGACAAACGAAAUGGACAUACAGUGGCCAUCGAAGCCUUAAUCCAGUAUCAGCAGCAGCAAAAGAAAAAGAAGAAAGAAAAGAUAAUGGAGAAGACGAAGAUGAUGAAGAAACCGAAGUUGAAGCAGAAGAUUUUGAUCCCGGUGACAUUGUUACAACAUCAUCUGGUCUGGUUCUGGUGUCUGAGGAAACGACAAACGCAAUUCAUGUCCUUUCUAAGGAUGGGCAGUUCAUAUGUAAUUGUUUAUCAGAUAGUGAAAUAAUUUCGCCUGUUAGUAUAUGUUUUAACAAAAAGGGAGAGUUAAUGAUUGGUUGUUCAGAUUCUCGUACAACAAAGUUACAUAUUGUGAAAUUCAUAGAAUGA